CAACUAAUAAACGAGAAAAGGUAUUUUUGAAAUAAUAUCAAAAAGAUAAAGUUUUAGCCAUAGUAUAACAGUAUAACAAUUCACAACCCUCCAAAGAGUCCAAAGACAAAUAACCCUGAUGCAUUAUUAUAUUUUUGAUUGUUGAUGGUUAGUGGUUACUUCCUACUGAUUUGAAAUUUUGAUUGAAACUUUGAAACCCUUUUUAUCGGAAAGAAAUGGCAACGUAGCAAUCGACGGGCGGGAACAACUUCGUCGAUUUGUUAACGUGUGACAUGAACGAUAGACAAAAUCACGGAUAAUACACUAUGAUAAUAUACCAUAGUACAUUAUCGGUGGGACAAGAUGUCAGAAUGCUGAAAUGCAUCAUCUGAUAUCUCUGUAGUUUCUAACUUUUAAUUUUCUUUUUGGUGUCACACUGAUAGCUUUCAACGACUUUUUAGUUUUUAGUUUUCACGGACAAAAAGUCAAAAAUACAAAAUGGAUUCGUUCGUAGUUGUUAAAUGGUUUAUUGUUUAAUGUCAGUUGAAAAUUUAAUUUCGUACUUUUUAGUUUUUGUAGAACUCUAUUUUUACACUUUAGUGUUGUGUCUAUUUUCUAGUUCUAGUACUUCAGAGUUCAGACUUCUGUUUUUCCUUCUACACGCAGUAUACAAAGUUCGGUUUUCACGGGUUGGAUAACUAAACGAGUUUAGUGUUUACUGUUUAUAGACAGCUCAUUGUCUGAUUCAGUGGCCUUUAAUGAUUUAGUUGUUAUCCAUUGAAAAAUUUACUCUUCAUUUCCUUCGUCUAUCAUUUAUGUGAAUUUUUAUUUUGUAUGCUCUAAAAAGUGAUUUUCGGAAAUAAUUUUCGAUUGUACACCAUAAUACGUUAAUAAUAAAAUUAUACCAGUCGACUCCGCUGAACGCUUAUAAUUAAACAAUAAUUUAUAUUUAUUACUUAUAAAUUUUAAAUAACUUCAUAAUACGAUUUGAGAGAUAUUAACUAUGCAGUAUGCAGCAGCUGCUAAUAAUAUAGGUACCAUAUAAAAGUACUAUAUAGACUUUAAUAUAACUAUAUAAUAUGCUUAUGUAGUAUACCAAAUAGUCUUAUCAACAAUUUUAUUCUUACGUUAUUUCGUCAUUUCAUCAGUCAUAAUGGACGAAAUUCAAACUUGGUGGGAGAUACCAAGUAUUGUGCAUUUUUGUAAAGUUUUCACCCAUAUCACUAAAGAUAUCAGUCUAAUAGAUAUAAAUGAAUUUGAAAAUGCAAUUGAAGAGAAUUCAUAUUUAUUAACUGAUAUGGCAAUCCGGUUUACCAAAAUUUGUGGUUUUUAUGACCCGAGCACAGACGAAUGGUGGAAUGUGAUGAAAAAAAAAUUUAAAAAUAAAUGCAUACUUUACAACUUUAAAUAUUCACUAGAUUCAGCCACACAUUUUGAUUAUUUAACUCGUAAACAAAAAGUCGAAGCUCUAUACAUCUAUUGUCAUUUGGUUCUUGAUGUUAAGCAUAUUCAAAAUAAAAUAUCUAAUAAACCUAAAAUGUGGCACAUGUUAAAUGUAAAACCACUAGGUUUUGACCUAAAUAAAUCAGUAUAUUGGUAUUUUGGUAGCAAUAAAUUAUAUAGAGAAGACUUUGAAAAUGUACAUAAUCUAUCUACAAACUUAUCAGUAGAGCAUAAUCUCCAUAAAACAAUUCCACAUGAACCUUUUCCAUCAGGAGUUUUUGGCUCAGGAAAAUGGAAUACAAUAUGUGAUAAUAUUGACAAUUGGUAUUCAUUGGCUGAUAUUACUCAAUAUAGUAAUAACAUAAAUAUUAGAUGUUUACAUAAAGCAAUUUGUAAUAUUAUUACAAAUCUUCCUAAAGUAAAAAGGAAAAAGUCCUAUUAUGUAUAUAUGAAGCCUAAUAAGCCUUUAAGAAGUACUUUUACAAGAACUCUUCGAUCUAUGAAUGUUAUGGAAGUUGAACAUAAAAAAUUAAAUACAAAUUCUAGUGUUAAUGAGCACAAACAAUACUCACAAAAUAUUAUGGAAAACCAAACCAAAAAUAUGUAUGAAUCAUCCAUAUCUCAAAGAAAUAUAUCUAGAAUAAAUCUAAAUGUACAUCACCAAAACCAAAAUAUUUCACACCCCAUAAAAGUAUUUAAAAAUGAUGUUGGACAAAUAGAAAAAUGUUACAAUAAAACACCAUUAAAAUUACAGUUAAAAAGUGGUAAUGUAAAUGUGAUAAAUAAAUGUGUGAACAAAAUUACAGAGUUAGAUCAAGUACUUCAUGUAAACAUUGAACGCUUUGAUCAAGAAAAUACUCAUCAUUAUAAUAACUUAAAACGUAAAUUACGAUCCUCAAAAAACAUAACUAAAACACCGCCGUUCAAAGAUUUAUUACUUUAAAAUUAUUACUCUACUUAAAUAUAAUUUGUCAA